CGUUCAUCUCACAGCCCAACCCAGCCCAGCAACCGCGAAUCCGUGUUCAUCUCCCUACUCGAUCGGCAGCCGCAAGAGCUGACCCUCCGCUUCCCCCCAAAAACCCUAGCCAUCCCAGGUUGCUCCGGCCGCAUCCCCGCCGACCGCCGACCGCCGACGAUGCCUCCCAAGGCCAAGAAGGACGCUGCGCCGUCUGAGCGCCCCAUCCUUGGACGCUUCUCUUCCCACCUCAAGAUCGGGAUCGUUGGGUUGCCAAAUGUUGGCAAAUCAACUUUUUUCAACAUAGUAACGAAGUUGGCUAUCCCAGCUGAGAAUUUUCCUUUCUGUACCAUCGAACCAAAUGAAGCACGGGUGAAUGUUCCAGAUGAACGGUUUGAUUGGCUUUGCAAACUUUACAAGCCAAAGAGUGAGGUGCCUGCAUAUCUUGAAGUAACUGACAUAGCUGGGCUUAUUAGAGGUGCUCAUGCUGGGGAUGGUCUGGGCAAUGCAUUCCUCUCACAUAUACGUGCUGUUGAUGGAAUCUUCCAUGUCCUAAGAGCAUUUGAAGACGCAGAAAUUACUCAUGUUGACGAUACAGUAGAUCCUGUUAGAGACAUGGAAACUAUUAGUGAAGAGCUCAGACUAAAGGAUAUAGAGUUCAUGAAAAAGAAACUUGAGGACCUUGAUAAGUCAAUGAAGAGGAGCAAUGAUAAGCAGCUCAAAAUUGAGCAUGAAUUAUGUGAGAGGGUCAUAGGCCAUCUUGAGGAAGGGAAAGAUGUCCGUUUAGGAGAUUGGAAAGCUGCUGACAUUGAGAUCUUGAAUACAUUCCAGCUACUUUCAGCUAAGCCAGUUGUCUAUUUGGUGAAUAUGAGUGAGAAGGAUUUCCAGAGAAAAAAGAACAAGUUUCUACCCAAGAUACAUGCUUGGGUGCAGGAACAUGGUGGUGAAACCAUACUUCCUUUCAGCUGUGCUUUUGAACAGAAACUAGUGGAUAUGCCAGAAGAUGAAGCCGCCAAAUAUUGUGCUGAAAACCAGAUAACAAGCAUGAUCCCAAAAAUUAUCAAGACUGGUUUUGCAGCAAUUCAUCUGAUAUACUUUUUCACUGCUGGUCCUGAUGAGGUAAAAUGUUGGCAGAUCAGACGCCAGACUAAAGCUCCUCAAGCUGCUGGUGCAAUUCACACUGAUUUUGAAAGGGGUUUCAUAUGCGCUGAGGUAAUGAAGUUUGAAGAUCUGAAAGAACUGGGCAGUGAAUCUGCUGUAAAGGCUGCUGGAAAAUACAAGCAGGAGGGGAAAACCUAUGUGGUCCAGGACGGGGACAUCAUCUUUUUCAAAUUCAACGUGUCUGGUGGCGGGAAGAAGUGAAUAAUGUAUGAAGAUGGUAGCAUCAACAGUGUUUUACGUCUUACCCCGAAUUUCUCAUUCAACAGUGUUUACACCUUGCCCCGUAUUUCCACAUUUUUGAGGUCGCUUGCCAGUAGCUCUAGGUUCCGGUAUCGAAAACUUGUACAACAAGGCUCCAGACCGUUGAAGGAUUUGUAUUAAUAACAUGCACAAUUGUAUGGC